GUUGAAAUCAUAAUUCAAUAUGGUAUCAAAGCCUAUUGAUCCGUCUCUUCCUUCUCGAUAACACAAAGAAAACAAUCGGCCCAGCUGAUUCGUCUUCCCACGCCGCCGAUCUCCACCAAUCGGCCAUGGCUGCUCAAUCUUCUGAUCCCAUGGAUCGUCUGCCUACGGGUUUGAAAUUAUUUGUCCGGAAUCUUCAAUCUCUAACUCCGGUCAAACUUGAUGAUACAAAUUAUCCUUCUUGGUCUGCUACGAUUCGUGCAAAUCUCAUCACUCAUCGUCUUCUCGGAUAUGUUGAUGGUUCAGAAGUGCCUCCUCCACCCCUUGUUCUGGACGAGAAAGGUGCUGCCCCUGGCAAGGAUGAACCGCCAGUUAUGAAACCCAAUCCUGCUUAUGACUCAUGGGUUCUUGUUGAUGCUCAAAUCCGGGCCUGUCUUCUUGCUAUUGUUUCUCCAACCGUUCAGACUCAUAUUCAUGCUCUUCCGUCCUCUGCUGCGAUCUGGAAUCACCUCGAACAACGGUAUAAUUCUCUAUCACGUACUCAUAUUUUUCAAUUGAAGGAGCGCCUACAUAGCAUUCAAAAGGGCACUGAUUCCAUGCAAACAUACCUGGACACUGUUCUCACUAUUGUCUCAUCUCUGAAAUUGGCUCAUGAGGACAUCUCUGAACAAGAUAUUAUCCUGUGUAUGCUUCGAGGCCUCCCUACGGACUAUGCCUCGCUCAAACAAAACGUUCGUACUAAUAUUGCAACCGUCACUUUUAAUCAAGUAUCUGCGUGGUUGCUCUCGGAAGAAUUAAAUCUCACCUUUGAGAAGAAAUUGCACCUUGGUGACACUGGUUCUCCCUCGUCAACAGAUCUUCACCAUGCAUUAUUCACCAAUUCAGGACGAGGGAUGGGGUUGCACCAGGGGUAUGCCCUUAGCCCUUUUUUGUUCGCCUUGGUGAUGGACGUCCUAACUCAAGGUGUUCAAGAAGGAGUCCCAUGGUGCAUGCUUUUCGCAGAUGAUAUUGUGCUUAUCGACGACACACGUGAGGGACUAAACGAUAAGUUGGAAUUAUGGCGCCUUGCCCUUGAGACGAAAGGAUUCAGAAUAAGUAGGAACAAGACUGAAUACAUGGAAUGUCGUUUCAGCGGCCGGGAUACAGAAUCAGAGGUGGAAGUCAAGAUUGACUCUCAUCUAGUACCUAAGGUAGACAGGUUUCGAUAUCUUGGCUCGGUAAUCCAGGCUGAUGGGGAGUUAGAUGCGGAUGUUGGACAUCGUGUUGGAGUGGCUUGGGCCAAAUGGCGGUUAGCUUCAGGGGUGUUGUGUGAUCCGAAGAUUUCGCCUAGAAUGAAAGGUAAGUUCUAUCGAUCUGUAGUCAGACCUGCUAUGUUAUAUGGGGCAGAGUGUUGGGCGGUUAAGAAGACUCAUGUGUGUCGUCUACAUGCAGCGGAGAUGCAAAUGUUACGAUGGAUGUGUGGAAAGACAAGGUUGGAUAGGAUUUCGAACGAAGUUAUCCGACGUCAGGUAGGCAUGGCACCGGUGGAAGAUAAGUUGCGGGAAGUGAGGUUGAGAUGGUUUGGCCAUGUGAGACGGCGGGAUGCUGACGCCCCUGUAUGGAGAUGCGAGAGGAUUACGGUUAUCGGGGGAAGUAGGGGAAGGGGUAGACCUAGGAAGAAUUGGAAUGAGGUGAUUAGGCAGGAUUUAGGACUUCUCGACCUGACUGAGGAUAUGACCCUAGAUAGGAACCUUUGGAAAAUUAGGAUUAGAAUAGCUGGAUAGGAGCUCGGUGUUGUAGAGGUGGACCCGGGGGUCUCUUGGAAACAACCUCCCUCCUUUCGAGUAAAUGUAAGGUCUGCGU